GGGAAGUGGCGGCGCCGGGAGCGGACAUCUGGGACUGCGCCCGGGGCUGGAGCCGGAGCUCCUGGAGGACCCACAUCUGCAUGUUGACGUGAACUCAGCUGACCUGGUAUAUUUCCAGUGUGAGCACGGUGUCCCUCACUCUGGUUGACUGACUUAUGUGCGCUUUGGCAGCCUGGAGUUUUCUUGCCCUCUGCCGACGGGAGCAGAGCCUCCGCUGGUGUUGGGAAGAGCAGGCCGAAUGAGGCAGAGAAGCUGAGCACUGUCUGGAAAGCCCACAUAGAGCGGCACAAGGCAUCGGGAGCCUGUGGGCUGGGCAGCGGGGAGCAGGGCCUGGUGCUGAGGAUGGCCAGGCAGCAGGCACCACCCUGGGUCCACAUAGCCCUCAUCCUCUUCCUCCUCAGCCUUGGAGGGGCCAUUGAGAUUCCGAUGGACCUGACCCAACCGCCAACUAUCACCAAGCAGUCCGUGAAGGACCACAUCGUGGACCCUCGAGAUAACAUCCUGAUUGAAUGUGAAGCUAAAGGCAACCCCGCCCCCAGUUUUCAUUGGACUCGCAACAGCAGAUUCUUCAACAUUGCCAAGGACCCACGAGUGUCUAUGAGGAGGAGAUCUGGGACCUUGGUGAUCGACUUCCGCAGUGGUGGGCGGCCUGAGGAAUACGAAGGGGAGUACCAGUGCUUUGCCCGGAACAAAUUUGGCACUGCGCUUAGCAACCGCAUCCGCCUGCAGGUGUCCAAAUCUCCCCUGUGGCCCAAGGAAAACCUAGACCCCGUCGUGGUUCAAGAGGGCGCUCCCUUGACACUGCAGUGCAACCCCCCACCCGGCCUCCCGUCCCCCGUCAUCUUCUGGAUGAGCAGCUCCAUGGAGCCCAUCACCCAGGACAAGCGUGUCUCCCAGGGUCAUAACGGGGACCUGUACUUCUCCAACGUCAUGCUGCAGGACAUGCAGACCGACUACAGCUGCAACGCGCGCUUCCACUUCACCCACACAAUUCAGCAGAAGAAUCCCUUCACCCUCAAGGUCCUCACCAACAACCCCUAUAAUGACUCGUCCUUAAGAAACCACCCUGACAUAUAUAGUGCCCGAGGAGUUGCAGAAAGAACACCCAGCUUCAUGUAUCCCCAGGGCACAUCGAGCAGUCAGAUGGUUCUACGUGGCAUGGACCUGCUGCUGGAGUGCAUUGCCUCUGGGGUCCCAACACCAGACAUUGCAUGGUACAAGAAAGGUGGGGACCUCCCAUCUGACAAGGCCAAGUUUGAGAACUUUAACAAGGCUCUGCGCAUCACCAAUGUCUCCGAAGAGGACUCUGGGGAGUAUUUCUGCCUGGCCUCCAACAAGAUGGGCAGCAUCCGGCACACGAUCUCGGUGAGAGUAAAGGCUGCUCCAUACUGGCUGGAUGAGCCCAAGAACCUGAUCCUGGCUCCUGGGGAAGAUGGGAGGCUGGUAUGCCGAGCCAAUGGGAACCCGAAGCCGACCGUGCAGUGGAUGGUGAAUGGAGAGCCUUUGCAAUCGGCACCACCCAAUCCCAACCGUGAGGUGGCCGGAGACACUAUCAUCUUCCGGGAUACUCAGAUCAGCAGCAGGGCAGUGUACCAAUGUAACACAUCCAAUGAACAUGGCUACCUGCUGGCCAAUGCCUUCGUCAGCGUGUUGGAUGUACCCCCUCGGAUGCUGUCUCCCCGGAACCAGCUCAUCAGGGUGAUCCUUUACAACCGGACACGGCUGGACUGUCCGUUCUUUGGGUCUCCCAUCCCAACACUCCGAUGGUUUAAGAAUGGGCAAGGAAGCAACCUGGAUGGCGGUAACUACCACGUCUAUGAAAACGGCAGUCUAGAAAUCAAGAUGAUUCGCAAAGAGGACCAAGGCAUCUACACCUGUGUGGCCACCAACAUCCUGGGCAAAGCUGAAAAUCAAGUCCGCCUGGAGGUCAAAGACCCCACCAGGAUCUACAGGAUGCCCGAGGACCAGGUGGCCAAGAGGGGCACCACGGUGCAGCUGGAGUGCCGUGUGAAGCACGACCCCUCCUUGAAGCUCACAGUCUCCUGGCUGAAGGACGACGAGCCACUCUACAUUGGAAACAGGAUGAAGAAGGAAGACGACUCCCUGACCAUCUUUGGAGUGGCGGAGCGGGACCAGGGCAGUUACACGUGCAUGGCCAGCACCGAGCUGGACCAGGACCUGGCAAAGGCCUACCUCACUGUUCUAGCUGAUCAGGCCACUCCAACUAACCGUUUGGCUGCCCUGCCCAAAGGGCGGCCAGACAGACCCAGGGACUUGGAGCUCACUGACCUGGCUGAGAGGAGUGUAAGGCUGACCUGGAUCCCAGGGGAUGACAACAACAGCCCUAUCACAGACUACGUCGUUCAGUUUGAAGAGGACCAGUUCCAACCAGGGGUCUGGCAUGACCACUCCAAGUUCCCAGGCAGCGUCAACUCAGCUGUCCUCCAUCUAUCCCCGUAUGUCAACUACCAAUUCCGAGUCAUCGCUGUCAACGAGGUUGGGAGCAGCCACCCCAGCCUUCCAUCCGAGCGGUACCGGACCAGCGGGGCACCCCCUGAAUCUAAUCCCAGUGAUGUGAAGGGCGAAGGGACAAGAAAGAACAAUAUGGAGAUCACAUGGACGCCUAUGAAUGCUACCUCUGCCUUUGGCCCCAACCUACGCUACAUUGUCAAGUGGCGACGGAGAGAGACCCGAGAGACUUGGAACAAUGUCACAGUGUGGGGCUCUCGCUACGUGGUGGGGCAGACACCUGUCUACGUACCCUACGAGAUCCGAGUCCAGGCUGAAAAUGAUUUUGGGAAAGGCCCCGAGCCUGACACCGUCAUUGGGUACUCGGGAGAAGAUUAUCCCAGGGCCGCGCCCACUGAAGUUAAAAUCCGAGUCCUGAACAGCACAGCCAUCGGCCUUCAGUGGAACCGAGUCUACUCUGACACGGUCCAGGGCCAGCUCAGAGAGUAUCGAGCUUACUACUGGAGGGAAAGCAGUUUGCUGAAGAACCUGUGGGUGUCUCAGAAGAGACAGCAGGCCAGCUUCCCUGGUGACCGUCCCCGGGGCGUGGUGGCCCGCCUGUUCCCCUACAGUAACUACAAGCUGGAGAUGGUGGUGGUCAAUGGGAGAGGUGACGGGCCUCGAAGUGAAACCAAGGAAUUCACCACCCCGGAAGGAGUACCCAGUGCCCCCAGGCGGUUCAGAGUCCGACAACCCAACCUGGAGACCAUCAACCUGGAGUGGGACCACCCAGAGCAUCCCAACGGAAUCCUGAUUGGAUACACUCUCAGAUACGUCCCCUUUAAUGGAACCAAACUGGGGAAGCAGAUGGUGGAAAACUUCUCCCCCAAUCAGACCAAGUUCUCGGUGCAGAGAGCAGACCCCGUGUCGCGUUACCGUUUCUCCCUCAGUGCCAGGACGCAGGUGGGCUCUGGUGAAGCAGCCACGGAGGAGUCCCCAGCACCUCCAAAUGAAGCUACUCCAACCGCAGCUCCUCCCACGUUACCCCCGACUACCGUGGGUACCACAGGCCUUGUGAGCAGUACUGAUGCUACUGCCCUUGCUGCCACCAGCGAAGCCACAACAGUUCCCAUCAUCCCAACCGUCGUACCUACCACCGUCGCCACCACCAUUGCCACAACUACUACAACCACUGCCGCCACCACCACCACCACUACGGAGAGUCCUCCCACUACCACCACUGGGACUAAGAUUCACGAAACCGCCCCCGACGAGCAGUCCAUUUGGAACGUCACAGUGCUCCCCAACAGUAAAUGGGCCAACAUCACCUGGAAGCACAAUUUCAGGCCUGGAACUGACUUUGUGGUUGAGUACAUCGACAGCAACCAUACGAAAAAAACUGUCCCUGUUAAGGCCCAGGCCCAGCCUAUACAGCUGACAGACCUCUUUCCCGGGAUGACGUACACGUUGCGGGUGUAUUCCCGGGACAACGAGGGCAUCAGCAGUACCGUCAUCACCUUUAUGACCAGUACAGCUUACACCAAUAACCAGGCAGACAUCGCCACCCAGGGCUGGUUCAUCGGGCUCAUGUGUGCCAUCGCCCUUCUGGUGCUGAUCCUUCUCAUCGUCUGCUUCAUCAAGAGGAGUCGCGGUGGCAAGUACCCAGUGCGAGAAAAGAAGGAUGUCCCCUUGGGCCCUGAAGACCCCAAAGAAGAAGAUGGCUCAUUUGACUACAGUGACGAGGACAACAAGCCCCUGCAGGGAAGCCAGACAUCUCUGGAUGGCACCAUCAAGCAGCAGGAGAGCGAUGACAGCCUGGUGGACUACGGUGAAGGCGGCGAGGGCCAGUUCAAUGAAGAUGGCUCCUUUAUCGGCCAGUACACUGUCAAAAAGGACAAGGAGGAGACGGAGGGCAACGAGAGCUCAGAGGCCACGUCGCCGGUCAAUGCCAUCUACUCCCUUGCCUGACAGAGUAUCCCAGGCACGGCACUACUUUGCAAGUAGGAGGGGAGAGGGGAGAUGAAGCAACUGCAGACCUACCAUAAAGCCACCACCACCUUCAGGGACAAGGGUACAACGUGGGGGUCUGCCAAGCUGUGAGGGCCAGUGACCACCCAGCUAUCCACAACCCCCUCCUAGCGAUGCCCUGUUACCUUGGGUACCAUUAGAUGGGAAAGCUAGAGCUACACUCAUUGGAGGGAGCCCUAGUCCCUUGCCCUGUCUCACAGCCACCCUGAGCGUCCCACCACGAUGGCCACCCCUGAUCUCGGCUCAUGAUCAUUCAUUUCUAUUGCUUACGAUAUUUUCAUUCUCUCUCUCUCUCUCUCUCUCUCUCUCUCUCUCUCUCUCUCUCUCUCUCUGCUUUGUGCAUCUUCUCCUUCCAAGUCAUUGUCUCCAUUUUCUUUUACUUUUGAAAAAAAAAAAAGUCCCUGGAAAAAGAAUAAGUGGGCUCUCCCCAAGGAAAUGAAAAAGAUGGGCAAAAAAAGGAUUGAUCCAUAACACAACAUGCAGAAAAGCUGUAGUAUUCAAGCUGCCACCAGGCCAGUGUGUUUCCGAAGGAUGCCUUUCGCCAUAUGCCUCCCCCACCCCCACUCCCCACCCAUCUGCCUCGGCCACGUCCAUGCUGAGCUGGGCUUGGCUCUUUUCUGGAAAAUGACAGUGUUUUUUGGCAGGAAGAGGGUGUGCGCGGGACUCCUUUCCACACCCUGCUUCGGUUGGGAGGGGGCCUUACCUCUUGUUCCUGGUUCUUACUCCGCCCCUGCCACCAGAGAGUCUGCGGAUGAGCUGCUCGGAAGAAGAGAAAGGAAUGGAGGCCGAUGAGGACUCUGUCGACCAGUCCCCAAAGCUGGAAGCAAGUCAGGGUGUGGUCCCUGGGUAACGGAGCAGAGAGAGGGCUGGGUUUGGACCUCUUUUGUCUUUGGCGGUGAAGCCCAGGGUGGAGGAGAGAGGGCCACGUCUGCUCACCUGGUCAGGGUCUAUGCUGUUACCCCUCCAAGAGCUGGAGCCCUGAGAUUCAGGACCGUGGCUGGCGAAUCUGGGGGUGACAGUGCUGCUCCUCCUCCCGUCCUCUCCUUGCUCAAUUGUGUCUGACGUUGACUUGUGUUUGACAUGGUAUAUGAAUGGGGAUCUGCUGCCCCCGGACUGAACCUAUCUGUCCUUUCAUUAGGGUACGCAUACAUAUGGGGGGGACCGUGAGGUGCACCGUAGUAACAGUGCUGUGAUGCCCCUCCCCGCCUUGAAGGACACAAAGCUCUUCGUAUGCCUUAUACAGCUCGGAUCUAACCCUGCGGUUCCCAGAUCCCUAGCCCUAUUCUGCAAGUCUUGAUGCCUCCAGUGAUGUGUGUCUCGGGACCAGGGCAGCCUAUGCAAGUGUCCCCUUGGGACCAGAAGCAGCCGCUCCACACACGCCCUUACCCCACUCUGCCCUAAUGGAGACACUCGCAGGCCUGCAGUUCUCAGCCUGAAGGUGCUGCCUUCAUUCCCCCACCUAACCCACUUUUGAAACCAAAGGUACCUUGCCUCAGCGACACAAAGAGAUGGGAGAUCUCGAGCCAGAGUGUCGCCCUGUAGCUGUGUCUGCAGCCUGAGGCAGUUGUGGGAGGGCAAGGUUGACCACUGCGAAUGGAUCGCCCGCCAUUGGCCUGGCCUCCAACUUGAGGUUACUAGUUAGGGGCCUGGGUGGGACCAGGGCUGUGCAUUCCAGAGACUUUCCAAGAGCAUCGUUUGCCAUACGUUUAAGCCGCAGAGGUAUUAACAAUGCUGUGUCACUUGAUAAGUGUGUGUAGGCACACACUCUUUGUAGGUAAGAAAUCAUAUCCCAGAGAUGAGCUGACAAUGUUUGAACCUGAGAGUGUGUCGUGGUCCUUUGGACCAACCCAUGGUCAGCACUGCUUCCUGGAGGCCUGAGGGACAGCUCUCAUGGUGAAAGGGGACAGGGUAAACAGGAAAGCUAGGGGUGGGGAUGUGCUCAGGCCCCCUGCCCUGUUCUAGUCUAACACUUCUGGGAUACAGCCGGGCAUUGCUGCAGUGUAGGGCUCCAUUCCUGACGGGAGGGUUAGAGAAAUGUAACUGAAGUAAAGAGUCAUCCUUCUAAGAAAACACUGUGGACCCGGAGAAAGUGGUGGGUUUCUCAGGCACCAUUUACACAGCACCAUCCAGCUAGGAAAGCCAUGGCACCAACAGUAGGCAUUCAGAGGAAGGGACUUGGUUGUCAUUGUAGCAAUCCCCCUGCCUCAGACAGCCUGGAGAGGGCUCUUUGGUCUUAAGGGUCUGGGAGAGAGGUGAAUCCUUAGGUUGUCUGUGCCUCAUUCCGGAGUUCUGUCAUGCUCAGUACUGUCCUCUGCAUAAGGAAGGAGAAGUCCAUCAGUCCCUCCCUAGUCCAUCAGUCCCUCCCUAAGGCUGUUGUGUUGUAGGUGCUGGUGGCUGUCCCAGCCACCAGCGGUCACAGCUCUCCUGGCAGGAACAGACGGGGG